AUCAAUUUGACCAAAAGUGUUGGGUGGUGAAUGGUGAUGGGGUAUGGUAUGAUACUUAUGUAAAAUGUUUUGUUGUUUUUUAACACAAUUAUUUCGUUUUCUCGUAACUUGGUCGGUUGUCCUUACAGUUAACAUAAAGAUAUAUCAUUGAGUAUUGUCUUUUAUCUCCAUUGAGUCGCUGCAAGUUCGAAUCACGGGUCAUCAAGAAGAAAAGGUUUUGACUUGCCAAUUGCCUCUGUAAUCUGUAUCCCAGCAAAAAGAUCAAAACUUUCCAAGAAAUGGUUUGAGAAGAGGCACAUAAAGAGUAUCUGCCAUCUGGGGUUGCUUUGUUUACAGAGAUUGAGGUUUUUUCCAAGUGGGUUUUUGUUGUAAUGGAAGGAGGAGAUAGGAUUGAAGAGAGUAGUAGUGUAAGGUUAUUGAGCCGUAGGCCUAGUGGGAGUAGUGGUGGUGGUGGUGGUGGUGGAAGUGAGUCAAGGUGGGUAGAUGGAAGUGAAGUGGAUUCAGAGUCACCUCCUUGGUCUCUUGUUGAUGGUAAUGAAGGGCGAGAAGGGUUUGGAACUUUGAGAAGGAGACUUGCUAAGAAGCCCAAGAGAGUUGAUUCAUUUGAUGUUGAAGCCAUGGAAAUUUCUGGAGCUCAUGGUCACCACGCCAAGGAAAUUUCAACAUGGCAAACUGUUGCUUUAGCAUUCCAAACUCUUGGAGUGGUAUAUGGUGACAUGGGCACAAGCCCUUUGUAUGUCUUUGCUGAUGUCUUUAGCAAGGUAAAAAUUGACUCAGAUGUUGAUGUUUUGGGGGCUUUGUCACUAGUUAUGUAUACAAUUGCUCUCAUACCACUGGCGAAAUAUGUCUUCGUCGUUCUUAAAGCCAAUGAUAACGGGGAAGGAGGAACAUUUGCACUGUAUUCACUGAUUUGCAGGUAUGCAAAGGUAAAUAUGCUUCCAAAUCGUCAACCAGCUGAUGAACAAAUCUCGAGUUUUAAGCUGAAACUGCCUACACCAGAGUUGGAAAGGGCUUUGACUAUAAAAGAGGCUUUGGAAAGGAAAUCAUCCUUGAAAAUCCUUCUCUUGCUGCUUGUUCUGACAGGAACUUCCAUGAUUAUAGGAGAUGGAAUACUAACCCCAGCAAUGUCAGUGAUGUCUGCUGUGAGUGGUUUGAAAGGUCAAGUACAAGGCUUUGGUACAAAUGCUGUGGUUGGGGUUUCAAUAUUCAUUCUGAUCGCAUUAUUCAGCAUACAGAGUUUUGGGACUGCUAAAGUCGGUUUCUUGUUUGCGCCUGUACUAGCUUUGUGGUUCUUCAGUCUUGGUUGUAUUGGGGUUUACAAUCUUUUCAAGUAUGAUAUCACAGUCGUGAGAGCACUUAAUCCUAUGUAUAUCUUUCUCUUCUUCAAAAAGAACAGCAGCCAAGCCUGGUCAGCUCUUGGCGGUUGUGUUCUGUGCAUUACAGGAGCUGAAGCAAUGUUUGCAGAUUUAGGCCAUUUUUCCGUACGAUCCAUACAGAUUGCUUUCACUUUUGUGGUGUUCCCUUGUCUUCUCUUGGCUUACAUGGGCCAAGCAGCAUAUCUGAUGAAAUUCCCUCAUGCUACAGAGAGAAUAUUUUAUGAUUCUGUCCCAGAGAGUCUUUUCUGGCCAGUUCUUGUGAUAGCAACCUUAGCUGCAAUGAUUGCCAGUCAAGCAAUGAUAUCGGCUACUUUUUCAUGUGUUAAACAAGCUAUGGCUCUUGGGUGUUUCCCAAGGUUGAAGAUAGUUCACACCUCAAGGAAACAAAUGGGCCAAAUUUACAUCCCUGUCAUCAAUUGGUUUCUGAUGAUCAUGUGCAUUGUUGUAGUUUCAAUCUUUCGAAACACGACUGAUAUUGCCAACGCAUACGGCAUAGCUGAAGUCGGUGUCAUGAUUGUGAGUACAAUCUUAGUGACACUUGUAAUGCUUCUCAUUUGGCAGACCAACUUGUUUGUGGCUAUAUUGUUCCCACUCGUCUUUGGAUCAAUAGAGCUCAUCUACUUAUCUGCAGUUCUAACAAAACUAUUGGAAGGUGGUUGGCUACCUCUUGUUUUUGCUACUUUCUUUCUUUGUGUAAUGUACACAUGGAACUAUGGGAGUGUGUUGAAGUACCAGAGUGAGGUAAGAGAAAAGAUUUCCAUGGAUUUCAUGCAAGAACUUGGCUCCACACUCGGGACUGUUCGAGUCCCAGGAAUAGGAUUGCUAUACAAUGAGCUUGUCCAAGGCAUUCCCUCCAUUUUCGGUCAGUUUCUUCUUAGCCUUCCAGCUAUACACUCUAUUGUAGUUUUUGUUUGCAUUAAAUAUGUCCCAAUCCCAGUAGUUCCUCAAGAGGAAAGAUUCCUGUUUCGAAGAGUUUGUGAAAAGGACUACCAUAUGUUCCGAUGCAUUGCUCGAUAUGGCUACAAAGAUGUCAGGAAAGAAGAUCACCAUGCAUUUGAGCAACUCUUAGUUGAAAGCCUAGAAACUUUUUUAAGAAGGGAAGCUCAAGAUCUUGCCUUGGAGGGUUCCUUAAACGAAUUAGACCACGAUAGCGUUUCAAUUACAUCGAGGGAAUCUAGAAUCCCAUCUGGAGAAGGGUAUGAAGAAGAGCUUAGGAUCCCAUUAAUGGAAGAAGGAACUUCUUUUACAGAAGACAAUGCUAUUGCUACCACAUUACCAUCUAGUAUCAUGUCAUCGGAUGAAGACCCGAGUUUGGAAUAUGAACUCUCAGCUCUAAGAGAAGCAAUAGAUUCAGGAUUCACUUACUUUCUAGCACAUGGGGAUGUUAGAGCAAAGAAAAACUCAUUUUUUCUCAAGAAACUUGUUAUAAAUUACUUCUAUGCAUUCUUGAGGAGGAACUGUAGAGCUGGUGCUGCAAAUAUGAGUGUUCCUCACAUGAACAUUCUUCAAGUUGAGAUGACAUAUAUGGUUUGAUUUCUUCAUUCAUAGUUACACUUUCUCUUUUAUUUUUUCUUUUUUAAUUUAUUGACUGUGUUGCAAAAAACCCAUGUCAAAAACAAUAAUGAUAAAUAAAUAAACAAAUUAAACA